AUGCCAGUGAGAAGUUCCACCCUCAGCACCGCACAUCCAGAGAAAACAUCAGCCACGGCUGUCUCUGCCAUCAGGACUUGGUGGAAAACCUACCAGGUGGACAAAUGGAACUCCAGUGACUCCAACACAGAGGACGACGAGGAGGAAUUAGCAAAGAGGAGGCUGUUAUCUAUAAACCUAAAUCGGACUCUGCGGACCAGGCAGCUGCUCAUAGACUUUGAUGCUGACCGACCUAUUUUGAGUCUCAGGGCACCGCCGGACCUGGUUAACUUCCCAUCUAUCUCCCGCCCCCGUUGGCCCAUAGAGUGUGAGGUCAUCAGCGACAUUAUCCACCACAUAGAGUGGGACCCCCCAGAGCCAGAGCCUUUCUACCAGCCCACAGGACAUGAGAGGACACCCAUGCCAGCUGGAGACGAGAGGGGGAAAGUGGUAUACUGCAUUGACCAUGGCACUAAGCGUCCAUAUUUUACCUGCUCUCGUGUCGGAGGAAGCAGGGGCCCCAUUAAAAGCGCCACUUACGAUAUCAAUCAGACAGACUUUACCCUUGAGUUUGAGUCUCGCUUUGAGAGUGGGAACCUUCAGAAAGCUGUGCAAGUGGGUGUCUAUGACUAUGAACUCACCUUGCGCACAGACAUGUACACCAAAAAGCACACACAGUGGUUUUACUUCAGGGUUGGGAACAUGAAGGCAGGGGUGACCUACCGCUUUACUAUUAUCAACUUGAUGAAGAGCAGCAGCCUGUAUUCUCAGGGUAUGAGACCACUCCUCUACUCUGAGAGGGCUGUCAAGGAGAAAAAUGUUGGAUGGCAACGCACCGGCUCUAAUAUCAGAUACUACCGCAACUGCAGUCAGAGCACGAAGGACAGCAACAGCGACACAGUCACCCUGUACUCACUCACCUGGACUCUCCAGUUCCCGUAUGACUCAGACACCUGCUAUCUGGCCCACUGCUACCCCUACACAUAUUCAGACCUGCAGCGCUACCUCAGGAGCAUUUCUUCCAGCCCAGCAGUCGCGUCAUACUGUUCACUGCGGGUGCUGUGCCACAGCCUGGCUGGGAAUGCCGUGUAUGUGGUGACAGUAACGUCCCGGCGGGGCGGCCGGGUGAAAGGCAGGACCAAGAAGGCUGUGGUGGUGACGGCUCGAGUACACCCUGGAGAGACCAACGGGUCCUGGAUGAUGGAGGGGUUCCUAGACUUCCUGCUUGGGGACUCGGAGGAUGCUCAACUACUCAGGGACACGUUUGUUUUUAAGGUGGUGCCAAUGCUGAAUCCAGAUGGUGUGAUAGUGGGCAAUUACCGCUGCUCUCUGGCAGGCAGGGACCUCAACAGAAAUUACAAGACAUUGCUCAGGGAUGCCUUUCCCAGUGUGUGGCACACCCGAAACAUGGUGGAAAGGCUAGUCGCUGAGACAGAUGUAGCUCUUUACUGUGACUUUCAUGGCCACAACCGGAAAAACAAUGUCUUCAUGUACGGCUGUAACAACCGAAGUGAUACUUCGCUGAAGCUUCACGAGCGAGUCUUCCCUCUAAUGAUGAGCAAGAAUGCCAGCAAUAAGUUCUCCUUUAAGAGCUGUAAAUUCCGGGUGCAGAAGAGUAAAGAGGGAACAGGACGUAUCGCCAUGUGGAAACUAGGCAUCAAAAACAGCUACACUAUGGAGGCCACCUUUGGAGGUUCUACUCUGGGCGACAGGAGAGGAACACAUUUUACUACUCGAGACCUGAAAUCCAUUGGGUUUCACUUUUGCGACACCCUGCUGGACUACUAUGACCCUGAUCCAACAAAGACAACUUACUGUUUGACAGAGCUGACAGUGUCGUUGAGAAAAGAGGUCAGAGAGAGGCUGGGCAAAGAUUUGGGCACUGACUGUAAUAUCUCUGUUUCUGACCUGGAAACCAGCACCGGUGGUUCAAAUAGUUCAGAUUCUGACGGACUCCCAGUUCAUUUACUGAACCAGCCGCAAACUGCCCAUCCAGAGCAAGCUCCAGUGAAGACGAAAAAGAAACACUUAAGGGCUCACAAAGAAAGGAACAGGCUGCGAGCAGAGAGGAUGAAGAAUAACACACAGCCAAAAGUCCUGCAAAGCAGCAUCAAAAAUACUGAGCCCAUCAAGCCCCAUGAGAUCACAGUUAAAGAGAUCAUCCAGGAGAGGCCUGUUGGAAGGCACAGGAAGAAAUGGCAGGUAAAUGGCCUCAUAAGAAAAGCUCUGAUCCCUCCUCCCACCACUCACCCUGGGGAGGUCAGUCAUGUGACCCUGUGGCCGGCCUGCAAGCCUGUCAGGGACAACUCUCUGGAAAACAUGGAAGCUGCAUAUCUGCAUCGCAGGGCAAGAGCAUGUCCACAUCUCAGCACUGACACAGCAGUGACACGUCACACAGAUGACCCACGGAAGGAUGCAGGACAGUGGAGAUGCAGCUCUCAGUUGCUGCACCUGAGUGCUCUCCUUCCACCUUCACCAAAUUUCAUACAUUCCAACCAGCAACGGCAUCCCUACCAACAAUCCUUCAUGUCCUGUAAAGUCUACAGAGGUUUGCCAUGUACAGUUUUUAAAAGUCCAAAGUCUUCCUCAUCCCUCCGUGUCAAGAUGGUUCCAGACAUCGUUCCAACAAGGCAUUGGCGGUCAAGUUUCACCACUGACAAGUUCAACAGCCGGCAUAUUUUUAGAGACAGAAACUCUUUACUGGUCUCAGAACGUUACUUUGUGCCAGAGGAUUCCUCCACCUCACACAGAGACGCAACCAGGACCAAACAGCAGACUAUGGAACAGGAAGAAGAUUCCUCAGUGGGUUUGUCACUGUUAAGAUGUGUACCUUUUGGAGAGCAGAACCAGAGAGAUCUCACCCCUGACAUCACCCUGAGAGAAACCGGAUCAUGCAGCAAUUUAUUUGUGCCUGUGCUGACGGGCACAGACCUAAGAGGAAAACGACUAUGCAAAGAGAUUUUGGGGGACAAAAGGCACGUGGGUGUUUUAUCCCCUCUGUCAAGGUCUUCAGGCCUCAAGAAGAUGGAACUUCCACGUCUACAGAGUGACACCCUGGCUAGGCCUCAGACUAAUGUCAUCAGCCACUAUCGCUCUGGAAGAAAAAGCAAACUAAGUACAGCUCCACAAGGGGCAUUGGUCAGAAGAUCAUCACAGUCUGCUUCACUCUAG